AGUAGUAUCACCUCAGGUUCGUACAUCGGCAGACUAAUUAAAAUGGCGCUGGCGUUUAUCCUUAUAGCUACAGUAGGUUAUUGUCUGUAUCGCUUCUUUACGCGAAAUUUUAACUACUGGCGGGACCGAAACGUUGCAGGUCCUACGCCCAUCCCUCUGUUCGGCAAUAUAAAAGAGUCUGUUCUUCGCCGGAAAAUUAUAGGAGCCGUCUAUCAGAAAAUAUAUUACGAUUUUCCUCAGGAAAAAAUUGUGGGAGUUUACAAAAUGACUUCACCGUGCCUACUGAUCCGAGACCCGGAUAUCGUGAAACAAGUGUUGGUCAAAGAUUUCGACAUUUUCGCGGAUCGUGUAUUAUGGUCUGGUAAGGAAGCAUUGGCCAUGAAUCUCCUCUCCGCACCUGCGAAUACAUGGCGUAUAUUGAGAUAUAAGUUUACACCACUCUUCACUUCUGCAAAAUUGAAAAACAUGUUCCCUCUGAUUAAUGAAACAAGUGAUAAAUUCAUUAGAUUUCUAGAAAAAGUAACUCAAACGCAACCUGAACAAGAGGUAAAGGCUCUCAUGAGUAAGUUUACUAUGAUGAAUAUAGGAACUUGUGCGUUUGGGUUAGAUUUGGACAUGACCGAAAAAUGUGAAGCAACAGAAUUCUUGGAGAAAAUUAAUGAAAUGAUUUUUACUACACGAUACACCGAUGAAAUUAACAUGCUGUUUCCCGGUAUAUUCAUUAAAAUUGGAGUACCAAUUUUCCCAACGGAAAUUACAAAAUUUUUCAAAAACCUCGUCACUCAAGUGAUGACUGCAAGAAAAGGAACGCCAAGCGACAAAAAUGAUUUCAUGGAUUUGCUUUUGGAGAUGAAACAACUUCAUACAGUGCAGGGAAGGAAACGAUCAGAAGAGGAGGACAUCGAAUCUUUAGAAAUAACGGAAGAUUUAAUGGCCGCUCAAGCCUUUGUGUUUUACGCGGCAGGCUUCGAUACUUCAGCCACACGUAUGUCAUAUAUGUUAUAUCAACUUGCAUUGAAUCCAGAAAUUCAAGAUAGAUUAGUAAAAGAAAUUCAAGAAGUUGUAGAACGACACGGUGGAAAAAUCACGUAUGAUGCUUUAAAUGACUUAACAUAUUUUGAAAGAGUUUUGAAUGAGACUCUUCGCAUAAAUAGCCAAGGUGUAUUGAUUAAUCGCGUCGCGGUUGCGGACUACAAAAUUCCAGGAACCCAUGUAACUCUCGAAAAGGGACAACAGGUGGUUAUAUCAUUAAGUAGCUUACAUAGCGAUGAAAAGUAUUGGACCGAUCCGGCGAGAUUUGAUCCAGACAGGUUCACUCCAGAUAACGUGGCCAAGAGACACCCGGCAGGAUACCUUCCCUUUGGUAUGGGGCCAAGGGGUUGUAUCGGUGCCAGGUUCGCAAAAGUUCAGAUGCAAGUGGCGAUGAUGAAGAUUCUCCUAAUGUUCAAGGUAGAAGCCACAGAAAACACGCGCAAAGAGUUUCACUACGACCCGUACAGAGCUUUGACAUUUCCAGUGGGAGGAAUCAAAAUUAACUUUAUUCCUAGGCAGUAGAGCAUAGAUUAAAGAAUUUUAAGAGAAGACGCAAAUAUUCGCUGUAAUAAAGUAGCUGCAGAGCUAUCUAAUUAAACCAACAGCCAACUGUUUCUCGAUACAGUGAAUUUUCCAUUUUUCACUAAGUACCUACCUAACUAUGUCUUACUUAGCUUGGUAAUGUUGUUUACACCUAACUUAAUUUAACAAAUAUACACACGAAAUAAAACUAUGGAAACGGAUUAAAUCGCGUAUAAUGAAUUUAAAAUUCAUCCCGACGUUUUGAACUCUUUACAGCGUUCGUGGUCAACGGGUCA